AUUUCCAUCUCAAGGGGGAGAGAGAGAGAGAGAGAGAGAGAGGGAGGGAGGGGUGGCGGUGGAUAGUACCUGCUCUUCUCGUGCUUCUCUUUCAAAAAAGAGGAAAUAGAGAGAGUAAAAAGGAGUUGAGAGACGCAAAGCCCAUGAUUUUCUUCGCUUCUUCCUAUAUCUCCUCUCUCUUUCUCUAUCUUCCUUUUUCACGUGAAGCAUGAGAGAUUGCUUUAUUUUCUUCUUCUCCUUCAUUUAAAGAGAAGUUCCCUUCUUGUUGCUGUUUUCGUUGUUGUUCUUUACUUCGAAUACCUUAAAUGGCAAUGGAAGACAACGAGAGCUGCAGCAGCAGAGCCGUGGAUUCGUCCCCGACGCACCCUCGGCAGCAGCGUCACAAGCUCCAUGUCUACAACGAGGUGCUCCGUCGCCUCAAGGAUUCUGCCAAUGAAGAGGCCCUCCUACCCAGCUUCGACGACGAGCUCUGGGCCCAUUUCAACCGCCUUCCUACCAGGUAUGCGAUGGAUGUAAAUGUGGAGAGGGCAGAGGAUGUUCUCACUCACAAAAGAUUACUCCAGCUCGCUCAUGACCCAGUGAAUAGGCCGGCAUUCGACGUUCGCAUUGUUCAGGUUCCUCCUGUUGGUGACGGAAAUCCAGUUGAUUUUAUUCCUUCAAACUCUCCAAGGAAAGAAGAUCCUCAAAGUUCUUCAAAUUACCUUGUCAAACAGAGCAUUCAUCCUCCUCCUGCCUUUGGUUCAUCACCAAAUCUUGAAGCCCUUGCUCUUGAAGCCAGCAAGCCAAAUGUUCAGGAUGGAGAUAGUGCUGUUAAUGGCAAUCCACUAUUUGCAAGGCCCAUGCACGAAAUCACCUUUUCGACAGAUGAUAAGCCGAAGCUCCUCAGUCAGUUGACUUGUAUGCUUGCUGAGAUUGGGCUGAACAUCCAAGAAGCGCAUGCUUUUUCAACAGCGGAUGGUUAUUCACUAGAUGUCUUUGUUGUUGAUGGUUGGCCAUAUGAGGAAACUGAGCAGCUUAGACAAACACUGGAGAAGGAAAUUUUGAAGAUUGAGAGAUGGAUGCAUCAGAGUGUGCUGCGUUCAUGUCAUACCAUCAAUAAGCAAGCUUUGUUGAAGCCUCACUCAUUAUCUUCUGUCAAAGAGCAUGUCCAAGCCAUCAUGGAAUGUGUUCCUGAACACGUUAAAAUACCGACUGAUGGGACCGAUGUUUGGGAAAUAGAUGCCAUGCUUUUAAAAUUUGAAAAUAAAGUGGCCUCUGGAUCAUAUGGUGAUCUCUAUAGAGGGAGCUACUGUAGUCAGGAUGUUGCCAUCAAAGUUCUCAAGCCCGAGCGCAUAAAUGUGGAUAUGCAGCGUGAAUUUGCUCAGGAAGUCUAUAUCAUGAGAAAAGUUCGGCACAAGAAUGUUGUGCAAUUCAUUGGUGCAUGCACCAGGCCUCCAAGCUUGUACAUUGUGACAGAAUAUAUGUCUGGUGGAAGUGUGUAUGACUUCUUGCAUAAACAAAAAGGUGUCUUCAAACUUCCAUCCUUACUGAAAGUAGCUAUUGAUGUUUCUAAGGGAAUGAACUACUUGCACCAAAAUAAUAUAAUCCACAGAGACCUGAAGGCUGCAAAUCUUCUACUGGAUGAACAUGAGGUUGUCAAGGUUGCUGAUUUUGGUCUUGCCAGGGUACAAACUCAAUCUGGAGUUAUGACUGCAGAAACUGGAACAUAUCGUUGGAUGGCUCCUGAGGUCAUAGAACACAAGCCCUACGAUCACAAGGCUGAUGUUUUCAGUUUUGGAAUUGUGCUAUGGGAGCUGCUCACAGGAAAGCUUCCUUAUGAGUACUUAACCCCAUUACAAGCAGCUGUAGGAGUUGUUCAAAAGGGUCUACGACCUACAAUUCCAAAGUAUACCCAUCCAAGGCUUGGAGAACUUCUUGAAAGAUGCUGGCAGCAAGAUCCCACCCUAAGACCUGACUUCUCUGAUAUUAUAGAGAUGUUGCAGCUUAUUGCAAAAGAGGUUGGAGAUGAAGGAGAGGAACGACGCAAGGAGAAAUCGUCUGGCAGGCUUCUAGCGGUCCUCAGGCGUAACCACUGAAGCAUAAGUAGCGGUGUUCAUAAUGUCUAUGCAUGCUCUCAUCAUGGGCCAUUUCCCCAUUAUAGCUAAUACUUUUUUGUGUUGUAAAGUGUUUUAUUUUAAAUGGCCAAAUCCUUUUUCUUUUUUUUUUCUUUUUUUUUUUUUUUGAGGUUGUUGCUCUCACCUUUCCUAUCCAGUGUCCAUCUAGCAAUCAUUCCAUGUAUGCUGAUGAGCAGGUGAUGUACCAUAGUGCAGAAACUCAUGCAUCAGAACGGUCCGGAAAUCACUGAUAAUUUUGUUUUUUUAACAAGAAGAAUAUUUGCUUUGUGGGUCA